AUGGCCGGCCUUGGUCAUCUCCGAGCAAGUCCCGUUCUUGGGGCCGGCCUCCACUCCGUUUCUCGUCAAGUCCAAGCCGGCUUGGGGUCUGCCGCACGGUUUGGUGUAGCAGUUUUGGCGUGGUCCCGCGUGCGACCCGGCGUGACCGGUGGAGAUCCACCCACGGCGAAGCUCGUGCUGCUGUCGACGGCGGCCGGUGGGAGUGGCGACCGCGGUGGAGGUGGAGCAGCAAGCACCACCGGAGACGCCAGCUCAACGUUGGGGUCAACCCUGUCGUUUUCGGCAGCGCGCAAGGGCCGCUCUGGCCAGCUCAGGCGCAGGCCCGUUCUCGCAGAGGGUGCUGCUCACACUGGAGGAGAAGAAGGUCCCCUACGAGAUGAAGCUCGUCGACCUUGGCAACAAGCCCGAAUGGUCCGUCUCUCUUCCUAA